AUGGAAGAGAGGAACCAGACCAGCAGCUUUUUCCUCCUCUGGGGACUCUCAGAUCGGCCAGAACAACAGCACAUGCUCUUCCUAGUGUUUCUGUGGCUAUACCUGGUCACUGUGGCCGGCAACCUGCUCAUCAAUCUGGCCAUUGCGACUGACACCCAUCUCCACACUCCCAUGUACUUCUUUCUUGCCAGCCUGUCCUGUGCAGACAUCCUUUUUGUCUCUACCACUAUCCCCAAGGCCCUUGUGAACAUCCAGACACAGAACAGGUCCAUAUCCUAUGGUGGAUGCCUGACCCAGCUCUACUUCUUCUUGACUUUUGGGGAUAUGGACAUCUUUCUCUUGGCCACAAUGGCCUAUGACCGCUAUGUGGCCAUCUGCCACCCUCUCCACUACAGGAUGAUCAUGAGUCCCCGCCGCUGCACCAUCCUGAUCACUGUCUGUUGGACCCUUACAAAUCUUAUUGCCAUGACCCACACCUUACUCACACUUCAACUUUCCUUCUGCUCUAAUAGAAUGAUUUCUGACUUCUACUGCGAUGUGGAACCCUUAAUAAGGUUGUCUUGCUCUGACACUAAGGUUAAUGAUAUUGCGGUCCUCUUGCUUGGGGGUGCAGCCAGUUUAGGUCCCUUUAUGUUCAUCCUCAUCUCUUAUAUCCGCAUUGUUACAGCCAUUCUCAGACUCCCCUCUGCCCAGGGGAGGCGCAAGGCCUUCUCUACCUGUGGGUCCCAUCUUGCUGUUGUUGCCCUAUUCUUUGGGACAGUCAUCCGGGCUUAUCUGUUCCCCUCGUCCUCUUCCUUCAACUCAGUUGAAGAGGAUACAGCAGCUGUUGUGGUGUACACCGUGGUGACUCCCCUGCUAAACCCCUUCAUUUACAGCCUACGGAACAAGGACAUGAAGGGAGCUCUGGGGAAGCUUCUCAGGGGACAAGUCUCCUUUUUGAGGGGCCAGUAA